ACAAAUGACAGCAAAAUGACAUGAUUUAUUUUGAUCGUUGAAAAAAAUUGUCAAUAAUAAUAUUAUUGCAGAAAUAUUAAUUAUAUUCCGAAUAAAUGACGUAGGAUUUAAAGAUAAUCAGUAUUAUAUGAAGCAACAGAUAUGGCUUAUUGUAGUAAAGGUAGAGUAUGCAUUACUCUAAAAAAGACAAGUCAGCUUAAAACCGAAGUAAAUGUAACAACUAAGGAAGAUUUUGACUUUGCAGAAGCCCUAGAAUCAGUCUAUCCCUUACUUGAAAUUGUGUUCAAUUAUUUAGAUUACAGUGACUUACAAAAAGCCUCAAUGGUGAAAAAAUCGUGGCAAAUAACKGCAGAUCGAAUUSUAGAAAAACGCAAUAAAAUUAGUUGGAUAACUGUCUUUCGCAAAAAGCGGCAAAGUUAUGUCUAUCACAGCAACAACUACCUGUACAACAAUGUUAAUUUAGGGAUUAUCUUAUUCAAUUAUCGUGCAGUCUCACUGAACGACUUUUUCUGCUGUCAUGAAAACUUGUCUUCAAGGAAAAUCAGAUUUGCAGACUUUUUAUCUGAUCAGGUAGUCCCAGGUGGGACAGCAUAUUGUGCAAUAGGAUGCCCUGGAGUGGCAUCAAUGUUCUCAAAACAAGUUGUAAAUAAGUCCAGCGUACCUCUAUUUGAUGGUUGUUUUAUACCACCUAUACCAAAUGUCAGGGUUUCAAUGUUUUAUUGUAGUCCUGUUUGUCCAAGAGAUGAUCAUUUUAAAUCAAAUGAAAAAGUCAAAUGCAUACUCUUUUUUUCUAAAGUCGAUUUUGCUCAUGAUAUUUAUGAUAUGUUGGAGCGUCUUAUUCCAGAAGAGGAAUGCGAAAAGGUUGCUGUAGCUGGCGGCAUAAUCCGCAGAACCACGGUAUUCCCACAACUGCCAGAAUAUCACACAAUUCGCAGACUAAACAGUCUCUGUAUAGCCUUCUCAGAGGAUAUUUAUUGUGAUAGUGUGUUUGACGCAUCUUCCGUCGUCAUAAACGGAAAUAAUUUAACUUCAGAGGAUUUUGAAGACCAUCUUCUCAAGUUCAAAAGUAAAAUCAUCUUGCGAAGUAACAGUCUAGCAUUUAGAAUAUGUUGCUCGGCUAAAAUGCGAAAAAAUCACGAGUCACGAGUUUUCAAUAAAGUUUUCCCAGACACUCCGCUCAUUGGUCUAGAAGCUGAAGGAGAAAUUGGGUGGAAUUGCUUCAAUCAUCGCGACAAUAAUGAGGAAGUUGAAAAUCAAGCGAAAAAGUGUAAGGAAGGAUAUCCCACUGUGCAACACCAGUGGUCAACUGUGAUAGCAUUUGUUACUUGGGGACACUUGAUACACAAUACGAGUAGAGAUUUAUAAGUGACUAACAAAAAUCGAACAAAUUAAAAUUUUGAGACUUAGUUAUAAUGUCAUUAGGUACCGCUACGACUUCCAUAAACGGGACAUGUAUUUAAGCUAUUUUAUUUUUACAAAAGAUUGUUUUAAAUUGCAUUAUUUUAUAUCGUGUAAUAGGUCUGUAAUUUUUAUUUUCUGGUGGGAAAAAACUUAUUCAAUAGAAAUAUUAA